CACGGCCUGUCGCCUAACAUAAAGGCCACCGUGUCAACUCGCUCCCACGGCUUAUCAUCCUCGACUUUCCCUCCCCUCUGCCUAGAUGCACUAGCACUCACCACGCAUCGACUACACACUAACAGACGGGGAUGGACUUCUCUUACUCUACUUCUUCUGAGCUUUCGCACAACAUCGCUAUGGACGCCGCUGCCAUAAUGGCCCAGCUCACCCCACCCACCGUGGACCCCACCGAGCUCAAGGCCUACCGCCAGAAGUACCCCGGCGAAGUCCCUGAGGCCAACAUCGACCUCGACCUCGACAACACCUCCGUCUCCGAGUACAGCGCCUUCACCAGCCCAGACACCAUCAACCCAGCCAAGACCACCUCGUCGACUGGAUUCCCCAGCCCCGUCUCCAUGACCAUGGACAGCUUCGACUCCCCGCGCGAUUCGUCGUGCGCCCCCGAGACGCCCAACUUCAGCGAGGCCGCCGUUGACUUCGACCAGACACGAUAUCCUGCAGAGAUAUUGUGCGACCUGCAGUGUCGGUCGACUUCAACGACAACCUCGCUGGCGAUAUGGGCUUUCCUCUCGCUUUUCAACCUCACACUUCCAUGGACAACAAGCCUAUUGACGACCUCUUCGACUUCGACCAGUUCCAGAACACCGAGUUGGGAACUACUACGGGCCUUGUUGACAGCGAUCCCUUCUUCACGCCCGUCCUCUUCGACGGCCACCACACUCCCGACUUUGACCUUUCUGACCACCUUGAUGCAAAGCACUAUGACUUGCAGACAGCCUCUGGCGCAGCCACUGCUAGCGACGGGGCUCUCGCAGCGUAGUGCUAACAUCGGGAAGGUCGCUCGGUCAUUGAAGGGCGCGCGGCGAGCCAGCCUAGAUGGCGGCAUGAAAAGGCGUUCACGGUCACUUCGGUCUAGACAAACACACGGUCGGCGUAAAGAGUCUUUGGCAUUGAGGAAGGGGGGUUUUCGGUUACUAAAUAGCGUUGGGUCAUGACCGGUUCUGGGCUUCUAACGUUGACGUGUGCUCUACUGUACAACAGUUACGAUGGACGUGAUGGUCGAGCUGGAAAGGACCAAGAGCUGGGUCUUUCAUAUAUAGCAAAUCAACCACAUUUCACAUCAUCUAUA